UGUCAAUAUUUCUUUUUUUAAUAUUGGUACUCUGCUAAAUUCCGGACUGUAGUUCCCGGAAAGUCGUAAAAUAAAUAUAUGACGUAUUUGACAGUGUGUGACAGUGUCAAUACAGUAUAAGUGAGACAGAGAAGGUUGUUUACCCCAUUUUGCACAAGGUUUCGUAAAUUAGAAAAAUGACGACCCCUUUAGUAUUAUCACAAGAUGACAUCGAAGCUGGAGGCAAUAAACAUGAAUAUUCAAAUAAUGGAAUUGAAGGAGAUUUUACAUAUAAUAAUAAUGUUCAUUCUGCCAACAUGAGUAUUAGAUUAGGUUUUUUAAAAAAAGUUUAUGGUCUUUUGACUAUCCAAUUGUUAAUAACAGUAGGAAUUGGAGCAAUUUUUAUGUACUCAGGAGAUCCUGUUAAGGAAUAUGUUUUCAAUAAUUCAUGGGUACUAUUUACAACAUUUAUUGUAGUAUUUAUAAUUUUAAUUGCUCUUCACUUCAAAAGAAGAGAACAUCCAACAAAUUUGAUACUUCUCUCAAUUUUUACACUGUCGGAGUCAGUACUUAUUGGUAUUUUUGUAUCUUUAUUCGAUGCAAUAACGGUGAUUGAAGCAUUUUUCAUUACAUUUUUCGUUGUAUUGAGUUUGACACUAUAUACCUUCCAAUCAAAGAAAGAUUUUUCUUCCAUGGGCGCAGGAUUGUACGCAGCAUUGUGUGUUUUAAUAAUUGGUGGAUUCAUUCAAAUUUUUGCUCAAAAUUCACUUUUAGAAAUGGCAAUAUGUAUCGGUGGAGCUAUGGUAUUUUCAUUGUACAUUAUUUAUGAUACGCAUAUGUUAAUGCACAAACAUUCACCCGAAGAAUACAUUCUUGUCACUGUUGAACUUUAUCUAGAUAUAAUCAAUCUAUUUUUAUAUAUUCUUCGAAUUUUAGCGGCAGCUAAAAAAUAAGUUCUUCAUUUCAAAGAAUUCAAAUUAAAUCGAAAAAAAAUCCACUUUCAAAAGAUGUAAUAAUCAGUACAUGAAUUCAAAAAACAUGGGAAUUUUACUCAAUUAUUCGGAUAAAAGUAUUUUUUUUAAACAAGUAGUUAUAGAUGUCCAUUAAAAAAGGAUUCAAAAUAUUUCAAGCAAAUUUUAAAUUGAUAUUUUAGUUCAGUUUUUUUUUUUACUGCACAUUGUUUUGUACUGAGCAUUUAUAAUGCAGUAUAAGAGAAAUUGCUGUGAUUGAUUUUAUAUAUUUUAAAAAGGAAAAAUCAGGUUUUA